AUGAAGAACACGAUAGAAAUUUACUUGAAUCCAAUAUCAACAGACCAUAACAACUCUGAAGACCUUUUCAUGAUAUUAACAUUGAAAUGCAUCAACGUUACCAUUCGAGAACAGUUGAGAGAAGACAAGUUCCAUUUAGAAGAGACAGAGCAAUUAUUAAUGCAAUCUCAUACACCAGCAGAUAUUGUUUGUGUGAUUGACAAGAGUGGAUCAAUGAGUGGUGAGAAAAUCACACUCGUGAAAGACACUUUGGAUUUUGUCAUUGGAGCUUUAGGUCCUAAAGAUAGAUUAUCCAUUGUUUCAUUCGAUGAUGAAUUCUUUACCAAUUUAAAAUUGACUUCUAUGAAUAUGGAUGGAAGAAGACGUGGAUCAAUUUCAGUUGAAAAUAUGAGAACUGGUGGAAUUACCUUCCUGUCUGGUGGCUUGUUGCGAGGUAUUGAAGAAAUGAAUGCCAUUCCCAAACAUGCCAGAAAUCCCUCAAGAUCUCUCUUAUUAUUUACAGAUGGAAUGGCAAAUAAGGGAAUUACUAACACUUCCUUGCUUAUUCAAGCGAUAAGAGAUCCAACAAAAGAUUAUUCUAUUCAUACAUUUGGAUAUGGUGAAGAGCAUGACUCGAAUAUGCUUUCAGCUCUUGCAGAAGAAGGAAAUGGAAUGUAUUACUAUGUGAAGGAUCAAGCAUCGAUUUCGAAAUGUAUGGUUGAUUGUAUUGGUGGAAUUUUGACAAGUCAAAAAAGAAAUGUCAAGCUUACUUUGACAAGUGACACUAUGCAUUCAAGUCAUGUACAAAUUCUUCAAGUCUUUGGUCCUCAUGAGCUUUCAUUGGACGGCAACUCAUUUUCAGUAUGUUACAACGAUUUACAAAUGGAAGAGGAGAAGCAUAUUGUGAUUAGAGCGAAACGUAAACUGUCAAAUGUCAAUAAUCACUUGGCAAACUCUCAAAAUUUGGACAAUUUACAGAUCAGAGUACAAUUAAGCAUGAAUGAUAUUCAAAACAAUUACGAGAUGGAAACCAUUGAAAAGAUUGUACAAGCUGAUCAGUCCUCUCUCGACUCUCACUCCAAGUUGCGCUGUCACUUGUCAAGACAACAAGCAGUUCAAACAUUGAAAGAAGCCAAAGAAUACUUGUCAACUUUGGGUCAUCCACUGAAUGGCGCUUGCAACAUUCUAAAGAAUGGUCUCGAACACAUUCACUCACAACAUGUACUUGGAAUUGAUCCUUCUCUCAACUCUCCACAUGAUGCGUUGACACUUUAUAUUUUUCACACUUUACAAAAUAUUCUAGCUGAGUGUGAAAACAGUAACUCAUCUUUUAAUGUAUUAAGCCGUAUGAACUCACUUUAUUACGAGUUAUUAUACGAACGAUCUGUCAGUGAUCCAACCGUGGACCAGUCGACACAUCCUUCAACUGUCAUCCACCAAACUCUUCCUCGUAAAUUCUACGCUUACCGAAUGGCCAAUCGAACCAAAUUCAUGAAAUGUCAUAAUUGUGGUAGUGAUCAACAUUUUUCUAGAAAUUGCAACAAGGCAGAAAUGUGUCACAAUUGCAAACAAAUUGGGCAUUUAGUGAAUCAAUGUCCAUUUCCUCAAAAAUGUCAUCAUUGUGGUAGUUUUGAACAUUUAUCGAGACAAUGUACUGCCAUGAUUUGUUUUAAAUGUAAACAAGUUGGACAUCGAGCCAAUGAAUGUACAUUACUCGUUCAAGCAAGUGGUGGAAAUCAUUUCAAUCCAAAUGGAAAGGACAGAAAUGAUCGUUCGAGUCAUGAAAGAAAUGACUCGAGUCAUCGAGGAAAGAAACAAGGACGAAAUGAUCAUCACAUAGGAAAUUCUAGCACUCGACAUUAA